AAAGCCAGCCUGAAACGGUUCAGUGCUUCACCUCUCUCUCUCUCUCUAUCAAAUCUCGCGCAUUUCCUCAAGUAACUGACCGGAAGCUGCUUUGCUCAGUCGAUGAGUCGCCGGAGAGAUUCACCGGCUGCAAUGACUAGCCCACGCGCCUUUAAUUCUCUAAUGAUUGAAUUUCUGCUGCUUCUCUCUGUAGUAACUCUGGUUUCUGCUCAGAGAUCUACUAGUCGCUGGCAGACACUUAGCGGAAAGCCACCUUUAGUUGUAGCACGUGGAGGGUUUUCAGGGAUAUUUCCAGAUUCAAGCUCAAUUGCUUAUCAAUUGGCAUUGCUGACCAGUGUACCCGAUGUAAUUCUAUUGUGUGAUGUGCAGUUAACCAAAGAUGGAAUAGGGAUUUGUGCUCCUGAUCUCAGGCUAGAAAAUUCUACCGAUAUUAAUCUAGUUUUCGAAAAUAAGCGCCAGACUUACCUAGUUAAUGGUGUUCCCACCCAAGGAUGGUUUUCAGUGGAUUUCACUUUCAAUGACUUAGUAUCAUCUGUCGUCUAUACCCAGGGUGUCUAUUCUCGAUCUAACAAGUUUGAUGGCAAUUUGUUUCCAAUUCAGACUGUUGAGAAUGUGACUGCACUAAAACCACUAGGCACAUGGUUGAAUGUUCAGCAUGAUGCCUUCUUCACGCAACACAAUUUGAGCAUGAGAAAGUAUAUACUUGCUCUAUCUAGAAAAGUGAUUAUCAAUUAUAUCUCUUCUCCAGAGCUGGCUUUCUUGGGAAGUAUUGCUGCACGAGUCAACACUAAUGUAACAAAGCUGGUCUUCCGAUUUCUGGAACCUGACGAUUUUGAGCCUUUAACAAACCAGACUUACGGUUCUCUGUCGAAGAAUUUAACAUUUAUCAAGACAUUUGCCUCUGGAAUUCUUAUCCCUAAGGAUUACAUAUGGCCUGUUGAUCCAACUUCUUACUUACAAUCUCAUACUUCUGUUGUCUUGGAUGCACACAAAGCAGGGCUAGAAGUUUUUGCAUCAGAAUUUUACAAUGAUGUUCCAUUUAGUUUCAAUUACAGUUAUGAUCCAGUUAGUGAAUAUUUAUCUUUCAUCGAUAAUGGUGAUUUCUCUGUUGAUGGUGUACUAUCUGACUUCCCAAUAACUCCAUCAGCGGCAAUAGUUUGCUUUUCUCAUAUUGGCAAAAAUGCUUCAAAACAAUCUAAUGUUUUGGUCAUCUCAAAAAAUGGUGCAAGUGGAGAUUACCCCGGUUGUACUGACAAGGCAUACCAGAAUGCUAUUUUAGAUGGUGCAGAUGUUAUUGAUUGUCCUGUCCAAAUGUCGAAGGAUGGCAUACCAUUUUGCUUAGGCUCCAUAAAUCUUAUUGACAGUACAACAGUUGCUCAGUCCCCUUACAGCAACCUUUCAGAAAUAAUUCCAGAGCUCAGUGGAGGCAGUGGAAUAUAUACCUUUAGCUUGACAUGGAAUCAGAUUCAGACCUUGACUCCGGCAAUAGCAAGCCCAUAUGCAAAAUAUGAGUUGUCGCGGAAUCCAAAGUUCAGAAAUGAUGGGAAGUUCUUAAGCUUGUCUGAUUUCUUGGCCCUGGCAAAGAACACUAGCUCUCUUUCUGGUGUCUUGAUAAGCAUUGAGAAUGCUUUCUAUCUGAUAGAGAAGCAGAAAUUACCUGUAACUGAUGCGGUGCUUGAAGCUUUGAGCAAAGCUGGGCAGAUUGCAACAGAAGUUAUGAUUCAGUCCACAAAUAGUUCUGUUCUGAUGAAGUUUAAGGAAAAAAGUAAUUUCAAGCGUGUUUACAAGGUCGAUGAGAAUAUUCGAGAUGCUCUUGAUGCAACCAUUAAAGACAUCAAGACAUUUGCUGAUUCUGUGGUCAUCAGCAAGAGUUCUGUCUACCCCGAUAAUGCACUAUUCCUCACUGGUGUUACAAAUGUUGUGCCAAGGCUAAGCUCAGCUGGGCUCGCUGUUUAUGUAGAGACCUUCAGCAAUGAAUUUGUAUCUCAAGCAUGGGAUUUCUUCUCGGAUGCCAAUGUGGAGGUUAACUCCUAUGUCAUGGGUGCCAAUGUUAGUGGUGUUAUCACAGACUUCCCUCGAACAUCAGCUAGAUACAAAAAGAACCGUUGUUUAAAUUUGGGCAACAGCACGCCUCCUUACAUGGCCUCUGUUCAGCCAGGCAGUCUCAUGCAACUAAUUACACGUGAAAACUUGCCACCAGCUGAGGCUCCUAACCCAGUGCUAACAGAGAAUGAUGUGACAGAGUCACCUUUGCCCUCCGUAGUAGCUGCGAGAGUUCCAUCUUCCAGCCCAGGUGGUGGAACUACACAAGCAGCUCCUCGAGGAGCACCAAAUAGACAGCCAAAGAUUGCUGCAUGCUUCUUCCUUACAAAUCUGGCCAUUCUUUUAACCGUGUUUUUGUUGCUUUGAAAUCGGGAAAUGGUCACUCAGCUCGCCUGCUUAUUUCCAGUCUCAUUGUUCUAGGAUCAACAAGCUUGGAUCUUUUGGCUGCGUAAUUGCUCACUACAAAUCCUUUUCUCCCCUUUUUUGGGUAUUUACUGAAAAGCGGUGCAUUUCUUUUUUUGUAGGAGUGUUCAUUGUUCCCCUUGUAAUAUGAGAGAAACAAUGUUCUUGAAAGGUACAUGUGAAGACGGAAUUCAUUACCUGUGUAAGAUAUAUUUAUAUUCUUUGGUGUGUGUCAUUUAUGAGAGAAGUUGAGGCGUGGACUGACUGUAACCAUGGAUAGAUCAUACUUCUAUUUGUUCUCCUGUUAUAUGGAUCAGAGUUUAUUUCUCUUCAACAAAUAAUUGAAUAUUAUUUAUAAUUUUA